AUGUUCUACCCCCAGCCCUACGGCUACGCUCCGUACGCCCCUGGCGGCCAUCCCCCGCCCCACUACGGCCACUACUAUGGACACCCGCAGCAAGGCUACAACGGUCAAGCCGCCCCUGGCUACGCAAUGCCACCCCAGUACGCGGGGGCUUCGCCUAGGUACCCUGCGCACGCGACGCCUCCUACUUAUAGGCACGCCCCUUUCUCACCUAUGCCAUCGCAUGCUUCGAGUGAGGAUAUUAGGCACGAGCCGAGAUAUGACACCCUCCACCUCCGCAACCUCAUCACCAUCGGGCGAGUCCUCCGCAACCGGAAGAUCCAGGGGAUCCGUUUAGCCGAGUUCUACCGCCAGAACCACCAGGAGCAGCCUCCAUUCAAUCGAAAUUACAACACCCAAGGCAGCGGCACCUCCCUCGAGAAGUUCCAGGCGCACCAGGGUUGGUGGGCCCCGAGGAGGAGCCAGGGAUCUGUUCACGAUCCAGAGACACAGACGGAUGUCGAGAGGCGUGGCGAUGGCGGGCGUUUUUCGAUGCGAACAGCUCAACAAAGCCCCCAGAUGCAGAAGAAGCCGCCGUUCCGGACGGGGGCCAUCACGAAUCGACCGCCGCCUCCGAAUCCCCACGUCGUCGCCCAACGCGAGCAGGAGAUGAACGCGUGGCUGCGGCGCAAGGACUACAACCCGAUGCGCGCCGUGCAGGAAGCGAAAAAGGCGCAACAGCAGCAAAAGCAGAGGGCCGACGACUUCACGUCGAAUCGAUCUAUGUCAUUUCAUGUGGGAGCUGGGAAGAUGCCAGUGAAAAGGUCGAAUUCCCCGGGCACCUCCCUCUCGCGCAACAAGUCCGACGAGUCGCUGGCCUACGAGGGCGCCUCAACAGCAUCCGCAUCGCAGAAGGUGUUGGCCGAGUACUCGCGUGGUGUCGUCAAGGACAUCAACCGGCUGACUGAAAAGAGCCGUAAAAGUGACGCCAAGGAGAUGAGCGGCCUAGCCCGAGCAGUUGAUCUACUCUCUAACAAAUGCAAGAAAAGCAUCGAGUUGAUCCGAUCACAAAACAAGGGCUGUCUCUCCGUAUCUGUUGAAGAUCUACUCGCGACUGCGGUUGAACCCCCAGGAGAGAGUGAAUCACUCGGGGAACAGCUGGAGCGAUUGAGCGACGCCUUCGACGCCGUGCAGCGCUACUUGGAGCAGUACUCCCUAGAAGGUCGGGGGAGCCCCGUCCCGGAAGAGGACGAGAUGCCUGAAACCUCUUCGCUCGUGUCCGGCUUCUCCUCGCUAGGCCUACGAAAUAAGCAGCGCGCCAACGCCAAUAACAUUGCGGGCGGCUCGCUGGCCGGAACUAGGGAACAAGCGCAAUUCCGCGCGCAGCGCACCACCGCCUAUCGCUCGAAAAUCUUGGCGCAACAGCGGGACUCGAGCCAGACGCGGCUUGGCAAAAAUAAC